AUGGCUGGAUCAUCUUCGCAAUUUCAACAACUUGAAAAAUUAGGUGAAGGAACCUAUGCUACUGUCUAUAAAGGUAGAAAUCGAGCAACUGGUGCUCUUGUUGCACUUAAAGAAAUCAAUUUAGACUCAGAAGAAGGAACACCUUCUACUGCUAUUAGAGAAAUCUCAUUAAUGAAAGAAUUAGAUCAUGAGAAUAUUGUUACUCUUUACGAUGUCAUUCAUACUGAAAAUAAAUUGACUUUAGUAUUUGAAUAUAUGGAUAAAGAUUUAAAGAAAUAUAUGGAAGUACAUGGAAAUCAAGGUGCUUUAGACCUAAAAAUAGUUAAAUCAUUUAUGUUUCAAUUAUUAAAAGGGAUUAUGUUUUGUCAUGAUAAUCGUGUUUUACAUCGUGAUUUAAAACCUCAAAAUUUAUUAAUUAAUAACAAAGGUGAAUUAAAAUUAGGUGAUUUUGGUUUAGCACGUGCGUUUGGUAUUCCAUUCAAUACAUUCUCAAAUGAAGUUGUUACAUUAUGGUAUAGAGCACCUGAUGUUCUAUUAGGUUCUAGGGCAUAUACUACUUCAAUUGAUAUUUGGUCAGCUGGAUGUAUAUUUGCAGAAAUGUGUACCGGGAAACCAUUAUUCCCUGGUACUGCCAAUGAUGAUCAAUUAAUUAAAAUCUUUAGAUUGAUGGGUACACCAAAUGAAAGGACCUGGCCAGGUAUAAGUCAAUAUACCAAUUAUAAAAGUAAUUGGCAAAUUUUCGUUCCUCAAGAUUUACGAUUACUUGUCCCUAAUCUUGAUGCUAUGGGGUUGAAUUUAUUACAGAGUUUAUUACAAAUGAGACCAGAAGCUAGAAUCACAGCUAGACAAGCAUUACAACAUCCUUGGUUCCAUGAAAUCACCAACCCCCCUCCUAUGAUUCAUCAACUAUCAGAUCCAUAUCAACAACAGCAACAACAACCACAUCCACAACAGCAACAGGUUCAUCAACCGCAACCACACCAGCCUGGAAUUGACCAACACUAUUAG